AUGUUCACGAUCAAGAACCGGUCGGUCAUACAAAUAAGCACGGGAAAUGAACGAACGUACGUCAACUUGGUGCACUUUCCAGCUAAUGCCGAUGGGCCUUCUUCACGCGCGAGUGAAAUGGUCAUCUCCACGUUUGGGAAGGUGCCCUCGCUUUGCGACUUCAAUUAUCAGAGUCGAAGCAUGGUCUUCCUGUCGGCAGAUUCAGUCGGGAUCUACAAAUUCGACGAGACAUUCAAGCGAAUGGACUGCGUGAAAGUUGUUGAUUUGGGUGUGCACUCGACGUUGACGGCUCCAUUCAACGAUAUGCUCCUCCUGGGCAGAACAGUUUACGUAACAGAGCCUACAAGGUGUCGACAUCAAUUUGAUACUGAUACUUCGCGCAGCCGUCUUAUGGGGUUCUCGGAUGAUCUUGCUAUCGGGGCUGUUUUGGUCACAGCGUGCGCGGAUGGAUCUUUUCAGGGAAAACUGUCGUGCGUUGCUCUUGAUGCCUAUCGCCAGCUACCUGUUGCGCCACUAGGAGACACUUUUCUGACGAACGAAGUGCAAGCAGAGUGUGUGAACGGACAUGUUUUUGUUUUCGAUCCAUUAGCAAGAAAGCUGCACGCAUUUUCCGUUGACGUGACUGUCCGUAGCGAUUCCUACAGCAUGCGGCACGGCGAGAAGUGUCUGCGCAAGGAGCACUGGAUGUACACGUUUUAUCACGUUUUCGAGAAUGAAAAAUCCAUGGUGGCAUUCCUCCAGACGCUCGUUACUUUUCUUCCUAUUCAAAUCUGUCGCGCUGAGGCAAACGCGCUGACAGUGCUACGAGAUGGAUUGGACCCAUCUUUCGAUGUAGCCGAAGUGGAGCAGGAGUCAGCGGAUAUUGCUGAAUCAACUCGAUUUGGGCUUUUGUCGCCGCUUUUGUCGGCGUGGGAAGGUCGCGUCGUCGUCAUCACGUCCAUGGGAAAGCAGUCGACCGGGAAAAGCUACUUCCUCAAUCACUUAACGGGGUCCUCGUUUGCCAUCGCUGGAAAUCGUUGCACUGACGGUGCGUGGAUGACACUACGCAUCAUGAAAGAUGUUUUGCUUGUCGUUCUGGAUUUCGAAGGUCUGGGGUCCUUCGAGCGAACAGAUCAAGAAGAUGUUUUUCUUGCGGUGCUGAAUGCGUCGCUGUCGAUGUUCACGAUAUUCCGGAUGGAAAUGCGGCUUGACAAAGAAAUUGACAAGCUUUUCACCAAGUUUCAAAAGGGAAUGGAUCUACUCAAGCAAGACAAGCGACUGUUCCGAGGAAUAUUCUACAUGAGUGUGAAGGACAUUAACCCGAAUGAUGGCCGAGAUGUCCUCUCGGAGUUUACGGGGAAAAUCAGGAACCUGCUCAAAGCCACGUCGGGGCAAAACUUCCUAACGAACAUGUAUUCCGGUAAAGUGAGUAUUAGUUGCUCCCCUCCGUUAGGGACUCCUGGCUACUACGAGUCGCUACUUCACGCGAAGAAGUUGGUCAAGAAAGUUAUUACGCAGCAGGGCGAAGCGGAGCAUGGGUUUCGAAGCGGGAGAGCCUUCCACGACUUUAUCCGACUGGUAUUGGCCAAAAUGUCGAUCUUGGAUUGGACCACUGUUGAAGAAACCGCGCAACAACUUCAGAUGAAGGAGCUUCACCGAAAUCUGCCUGGUAUCAUUCGCACAGGAAUUCUG